GCCGCUACCGCCACUCCCGAGCGCGGAUUUGCGCGGCUGCGAGCGUCUCGUGAGGCUGAGAUGUCCAGUGAGGCGGCGGACGCCUGCAUCAACGCCGCGACGACUACUCCUCGUGCCUCCUCCUCCUCUACGUGCUCCUACAGCAGCAGCAGCAGCUACUUUCACGACUACUGCUACGACUUGUACCGCUGCUACAUCAGUGUGCUGAUUCUGGAAGCGGCGGCAGCAGCGAGAAUGACGUCGUCGCCCGGCUGCGACAGCCUCCUCGGCGGCAGCAGCGCGCAGCGCGAGAGCAGGAGCAGCAGCCGCUGCGCCAUCCUCAAGAGCCUUCCUCGGCCAGGAGUUACGCAGCAGUCCCAGCUGCGCCGUGUCCUCUGUUGCGACUCGUAGGAGAGUGCCGCCCCCGACUGCUAGUGCGAUUCUGCUCUCUCUCUCUCUCUCUCUCUCUCUCUCUUGUCUCUCACUCUCUAUCUCUGUCUCUUUGUCCGUGCGCGGUGUGAUACAGUUCGAAGGGACGAGAACGACGAGGACGACGAAGAGAGGAGGUUACGAGCAGCAGGAGCGAGAGUGUUGUAUUCGCGGUGAUAUAGAUAAGGAGAAGGACACUCGUGAGGAAUCAACGACUACGACGACGACGAGUUCCAAGGAGACGCUUCUUCUCGACCCCUCUUCCCCCGCUGCGAGAGACAGAGCCAGGGAGGCGAGGAGCUGAGAGACACUGAAGGAGCAGAAGCAGAAGAAGAAGAAGAAGGAGCACUGCCAAAGCGGAAAACGUCGACCUCCGCGCGGCGAACCGGCGUAGCUCGCCGCGAGUGUGUGGAUCCUCCCGCACCGGCGAGGAGAGAAGAAGAGUCGCACACAUGAUUGGCGCGAUACCCACGCCCAGAAACUCACACGAGUAGAGCCAAGCAGUGCCGGAAUACGUGUGUCACACACACCAUCCGAUACACACACAAUCACACAAUCACACACAUAUAUACACACACACACGAGUGCGCGAUCGAGGUGAACGAACCGGCUGCAAGUCUCUCUCUUUCUGGCUUUUCGGCGAAUGAUACGCACGUAAGAAGGCCGUGCAAGAGAAAGAGGGAGAGAGAGGGAAGGAGAAAGGAAAAAAAACGAGAGUGUGCAAUUAUUUCGUGCGCGAGGCGUGGGGUGCGGAGAAGAGGGAGUCAGCAGCAGCAGCGAGCUAAGGUCGCCGAGGGAGAGAGAGGUAGAGACUGCGGCGAGGAAGAUUUAUCCUGCAGCGGCAGCCAGCCGGCGAGAUGAGGUCCCCGCAUGCCAUCUCCUGGAGCGUGGCCCUCCUCGCGGCCACCGCCGUCCUCAUGCCUGCUACACAUCGGAUGCCCUUCGCACAUGCCGCCGGAGGCGGCAGCAUGUUGGGCGACGUCAACAUCUCGGCGAUCCUGGACUCCUUCUCCGUGAGCUACGAUAAAAGAGUAAGGCCGAACUACGGAGGUCCGCCCGUGGAGGUCGGCGUCACCAUGUAUGUCCUCAGCAUCAGUUCCGUGUCCGAGGUCUUGAUGGACUUCACGCUGGAUUUUUACUUCCGGCAAUUCUGGACGGAUCCGCGACUGGCUUUCAAAAAGCGAGCCGGCGUCGAGAUACUCAGCGUCGGCUCGGAGUUCAUCAAGAACAUCUGGGUGCCGGACACGUUCUUCGUCAACGAGAAGCAGUCGUACUUUCACGUCGCCACCACCAGUAAUGAGUUCAUUCGCAUACAUCACACCGGCAGUAUCACCCGGAGCAUACGAUUAACGAUCACAGCGUCGUGUCCAAUGAACCUGCAAUACUUCCCAAUGGACCGACAAUUGUGUAAUAUAGAAAUCGAGAGUUUUGGAUACACAAUGCGCGAUAUUCGGUACAAAUGGAAUUCCGGCCUACAGUCGGUCGGCAUCUCGAGCGAGGUGGAACUGCCGCAGUUUCGCGUGCUCGGGCACAGGCAGCGACAGACAACCAUACACCUCUCUACAGUCGGCUACACCAUGAGGGACAUCCGCUACAAGUGGAACGAGGGCCUGGCCAGUGUCGGCGUCAGCAACGACGUCAGUCUGCCGCAGUUCAAGGUCCUCGGCCAUCGGCAGCGCGCCAUGGAGAUUAGUCUCACCACCGGUAAUUACUCGCGUCUGGCCUGCGAGAUCCAGUUCGUCCGGUCGAUGGGCUACUACCUGAUUCAGAUCUACAUACCAUCGGGGCUGAUCGUCAUAAUCUCGUGGGUGAGCUUUUGGCUAAACCGAAACGCAACCCCCGCUCGGGUCGCCCUCGGAGUAACCACUGUGCUCACCAUGACGACACUCAUGUCCUCGACCAACGCGGCACUGCCCAAGAUCUCCUACGUCAAGUCCAUCGACGUCUACCUGGGCACCUGUUUCGUCAUGGUCUUCGCUUCGCUGCUCGAGUACGCAACGGUCGGCUACAUGGCGAAAAGGAUCCAGAUGAGGAAGAACCGCUUCGCUAAGAUAGCGGAAAGCAUGAAGGCGGCCAGGGAAAAUCCGGGACCACCUGGUGUUCCCGGCGACCACGGGGACCACGCGCCCAAGCAAACCUGGUCCCGUGUUGUCCAGGAGGUGCGCUUCAAGGUCCACGACCCCAAAGCACACAGCAAGGGUGGCACCCUCGAGAACACCAUCAACGGCAGGGCCGACGAGGAGGCGCCGCCCCCGCCGCAGCACCUCAUCCAUCCUGGCAAGGAUAUAAGCAAACUAUAUGCUCAAGAGGAAGCCCAUUCUGCACUUCAGACUUUUCCAAAGCCAACAAAACAUACUAUACUGGGCAUAACGCCGUCGGAUAUCGACAAGUACUCUCGCAUCGUCUUUCCGGUCUGCUUCGUUUGCUUCAACCUGAUGUACUGGAUCAUCUACUUGCACAUCAGCGACGUCGUAGCCGACGACCUCGUCCUGCUCGAGGAAGCCAAGUAAGGGACUAAAGAGGCGUCGUGCCAACGACGCAGACGACGUCGACGGAGAGCGACGCUGCUCCGCAUAUUCGCGCUCUCGCACGCGCGUUACACACACACACACACACACACACACAUACAACUCGAGAAAGAAGACUCUACUCUUGUCCUUCGCGAGAAGUCGAGCGAAGCGGAGCCCGGCUCCCUCCGCCACCGCCCUCGAGGAUGUUACAUAACAAAACCGAGAAAAAAAAUAUUCAUCUGCGAGCGAGCGAGCGGCAGAGGGAUGAAACUUGCGAUACACAGAAAGAAAAAACAAACAAACGCCCGAGCGCCCGCAUCAAAGACUGAACAGUGUGCAUCGAGGCGGAAACGCGCUGAGCGAGAGGAGGAUCGUUAUGUUACGCCCGAUGAAGGAAAAAUCCGCGAAUCAGUAUGUACUGCAGUGCCCGCAAAAACAAAAUAACAAACCAACAAACAAAAUCGAGACGACGACGACGUGGAGAGGGAAAGAGCGCCGUGAAGCGUUUCUAUACUCUGUCUCUCUCCGAAGCUGAGCGAUAUGUGUAAACGGGAGUUCGAGUAGUAUAUACAUAUAUAUUAUAAUGGAGAUGCAUGCCGCGUGACGUUGAGAAAAAUAUCUCUUAGUUCAUAAGCCAGAGAAUGAUGAGUGAGGGGAGGCGAAACGAAAAAAAAAGAGGAAAGCGACCGAUAUAGAGGUUGAUGAUCGAAGAGGAGCCAUCUUCGGUAUUAUAUAAAAAAAAACACGUCAAUUUAGCCACACUAGUUAAAUAAGCUCGUCGAGGAUAAAGCAGAGAGUAACAAAAAUAACAAAAAAAAACAUUACUAAUGAAUUAAUACCCAAAGCAAGCGCAGAAUUAUAAGACGAAAAAAAAAUAAACGGAAUAAGUAAACGAUAAAAAGUAAAUCCAAAAUGUAUAACAAUGAGUUAAAAUAAAAAUAUAAUAAAUAGGUUGCGAGGUUACAAUAUUGAGGGAUUGCCGUGCGCGCGAGUGAGUAUAAUAUAUAAAGUAUAGGGAAGAGAGUUCGACGAACAAAACAAAAAAAAACAAAAAAAACGUUUAACAAAACAAAUAAACGACGAUCCUAAGUGCUUCAGAGCGUUUUUACACCGACUUUUUAACAAACGGAAGAGACGUUCGCGCGCGAACACAAAGAAAAAAAAUUAACGACGCGACAGAGAGAACACGAAAAUCGGGCUCUUUUUCGACAGACGGCGCGAGGGUUCGCGCGCGCUCGCGCGAGACGAUUUUACAUUUGUUUUAUAUAUGAUGAUACGCGAGAGGGAUUUCCGAAAGGAUAGCUAAGACGCACCAUAUACCCCUUUUUCUAAGAGUGAACGCAGAGAGUGAGUAUAUACAUUGGAUGCGACGCGGUUGUGCGAAAGCAAUACUGAGUUUUUUACGAACUAUAUUAGAGGCGCACGAAUGAAAGUAUAUAUACAUUUCUCUUGAUACAAGUGUUUCGUUAUUUUAUAUACACACGAUGAUGUAUAACGUAACGUCGCGAGAUGGCUUUUCGGUUCUUAUAUCAUAACGAUACGUAAUAUUACAUACAUAUAGCGUACGUAAUAACGGGGCGUACAUCAUAUAACAUUAUAUCGUUCUAAUGUUGAGGCUGGCACUUGUAUGUACGUUAUAAAUUUUAUACUGUGAGCUUUUCGGUUCUUCUGUCGAAUUCUCAAAGCACGUGAGAGACUAAUAUCGGCUGCAGCUGCACUCGAUAUGCGUCUAAUAUAAGGUAUAGAACUCGGGCAUACACUUUUCGACGCCGAAAACAAAGCGCGCGGGGAGAUGCAUAAAGCAGCGAGAGUAAAGUAGAGUCGAUGAGCUAUCAUAAAUUUCGCCCGCGUGGGAGUGACGCGCAAGGAAAAUGCAAAUUCAAGUUCAACAAGCCGAGGAGAGAGAGAUUUCUCUUUAUUCCGCUGUGCUGCCGCUGCUGCUUUUCUUGCUUGCGCUGCAGCGAGUGUAUACAGCGCCGAAAAAUGAAGAAAAAUCGCGAGCGCCACUAUAGCCACUCAUUCCAAAUCCAAGUUCCGUGUGCAAGCUUGUUUUUCCUUCGGCUCGAAUAACUUUUCGCGCGCGAGCUUGCGGAAAUAUUUUUCGAGCAGCUUGCGAAUAUCGAUUUUUCUUAAUACACUUAGAUCUUACCCACCUUUUAACUCCGUGACACGUGUGCUGCAACGAGUCUACGUGAAAGUCGUCAGUGCGCUGAUGAGAACAAGACGGACGCGCGCGUUGCAACGACGCAGAGAGUGAGAGACAUGAAACGAAACCGAAGUAAAAGCACAGAUGAAAGACUCCGACAAGCCGCAGACGGAAUACGAAAGAUGUAAUGAACAGUGUAUACACGACGCGACGUCACGACACUACUGCGUACAGCCGACAAAACAAAGUUAACGAGCCGAGACAAAACCACUGCGGAAUAUUAAAGAUACGCGCACGCGUAUGAAGUAACAAAAAAAAAAUUGCAAACGAACAACAGGGAAAAUUCCGGGGAAAACGAGCGAGAGGAAAAGUACCGGGAAAUUUUUUAUUUUGCACCGCGGAAAAACGUAAACCGAACAAACAAAAAGAGCCGUGCUUCCUGCGAAACUGAAAAAUAACAGAGAGAGAGAGAGAGAGAGAGAGAGAGAGAGAGAGAGAGA